GACCAAGUAAUUCAUAAUACCAAUACUCCUGCCUCAUAUUAGAUGGUUAGAUAAUAUCUCCAUUUCAUCUUCAAUGGAGAGACUGGUGGAAGUUUCGGAGCAAGAGGCGCUCAUUGAUUUCUCACUCAACUGCAAAUGCCGUGCCAACGUCCGCCUCACUUCACUCUGCGCCACCUCUCCAGUGGCCUUCAAGGUCCAGACCUCCUCUCCUCACAAGUUCCUCGUUAACCCGCCGAGUGGACUCGUCCCUCCAUUAUCGCAAGCCACCCUUCAGAUCAUUCUAAAACCUCAAACUCAGCUCCCAUCUUCCUUCCCUCGCUCUCCGUCCGAUCGUUUCCUCAUCAAAACCGCCCGGUUCACCACUAACUCUCCCGAGUCAUCACCGCCGACUAACCGUGACUCGGUUAACUCGUGGAUUUCUACUAGGCAAACACAGGAUAUAAAACUCAAGGUUGCCUUCGUAGGUCCGCUGCUUCUCUCCCACGCUGUCAAUCGCGGAGAUCUUGACUCAACGAUGAACAUAAUCAAGCGGCAGAAGUCUAUCCUGACGGAGUUGACACAGAGAGAGGCUGAGUCACUCCUCCGAGUUGCCACCGAGUUGGAUAACUCGGAAAGUAUGGUCAAUUUGCUGCUUGAAGCUGGGCUACGAAUUGACGCGCGUGUGGAAUCAGAUAAUGUGGAUUCGAAGUGGCUGUCGAAGGGAUGGAGUGAGAUUCACGCGGCGGCGAUGUUUGAUCGGGACGACGAUAUUGCGAGCUUGGUGAAGAGACAACCAUGGUCGUUGGAUUGCAGAGAUAAGGAGGGAAGAACGGCGUUACAUUUGGCGGCAAGUAAGGGAAAUAUCAGGUGCGCUCAGGUGUUGCUGGAGUCGGGUGCAGAUAAAGAUGCAAGGAGUAUCAACGGUCGGACUGCUCUACAUAGAGCAGCUGCAAAUGGAGACCGUUCGAUGGUGGAGCUGCUAAUUGAGAUGGGUGGGGACCCAACAAUCGAGGAUGAUAAGGGCCUCUCUGCUCUCGACGUCGCCCGUAACGAGGGAAUUGAAGAGAUCCUAGAGGUCAUGGAACAAGGGGAGCAAGUACUAAUGGCAGCAAGACGAGGUGACAUAAAGCAUCUGGAGUCUCUAUUGAGAAGAGGAGCGAGCACUGAUUACCGAGACCAAUACGGAUUGACACCCCUGCACGCAGCUGCAAUCAGAGGACACAAGGACAUUGCAUUGCGUCUACUCGCUCUUGGCGUCGACUUGGAAUGCCAGGAUAACGAAGGGCAUUCACCCCUGCACCUGGCAGUGGAGGGUGGCUGGAUGGGAACGGUGGAGGUCCUGGUUAAUAAUGGAGCCAACGUCAAUGCCAAGACCAAGAGAGGUGCCACCCCCAUUUACAUGGCUGAAGCAUUCGGUUAUAGUGAUAUUCUAAUGUUUCUAAAAAGUAAAGGAGUUUGCUCUUCUUCUUGGUCUUCUUCAUUGUCCUCUAUUUUGUAAUGAAGUCAAAUGGAAGUUUGAUGAUGUUUGCUUUCUAUGCAAUUAGGCUCUUGGUUCUGACCCUUCUGCUUAUGCUUGCCCAUCAAUUUUGUAAAUGAUUUUUUGUUCUAGCUUCUAAGAUUUCUUAUUGGAUAAUAAGAAGCAUCAAUACUGGUGCAGAGAUGAGAGAUA